GAUUGCCGCCGCGCCAGUGCUGUUCGUGGAGGACUCCGUUGCGACGCUUUCCGGCAUCUCCGUCUCAGGCGGCUCUCUCAAGUCUUAAGGUUCUCCUUUAUUUUUCCCCUCCUUAUCUCACACCUGAAAUUUCGGUGCCACGCGCCGUGUGACUUUGAGGCAUCUUCGUCUUCCAUGGAAGUUGAUAGACCUGAUGGCCGUUCGCCUAGUCAAUUGAGGCCCCUUGCUUGCUCUCGGGGCAUCCUUAAUCGUGCCCAUGGCUCUGCAAGCUGGACUCAAGGGGAGACCAAGAUUCUUGCUGCAGUUUAUGGACCCAAAGCUGGGACUAGGAAGACUGAAAAUCCCGAAAAGGCUUGCAUUGAAGUUAUAUGGAAGCCUAAGACAGGACAGAUUGGAAAAUUGGAGAGGGAGUCUGAGAUGAUAUUAAAGAAAUCUCUUGAAAGCAUUUGCAUUCGAAGCAUGUAUCCAAAUACCACAACUUCAGUUAUAAUUCAGGUCGUCCAUGAUGAUGGUGCUCUUCUUCCGUGUGCAAUAAAUGCUGCAUGUGCUGCCCUUGUAGAUGCUGGAAUCCCACUGAAGCAUCUUGCUGUUGCUAUAUGUUGUUCUGUGGCUGAUGGUGGCUAUGUUCUACUGGACCCUAACAAACUUGAAGAGGAGGUUAAAAUGAAAGCGUUUGCCUAUUUAGUCUUCCCAAAUACAUGUGUUUCAGUUCUACCGGGAGGAUCGUUACAGGUGGAUAAGGAACCUAUGGAACAUGGAAUCAUUACAUCUGUAACCCAUGGUGCUAUGUCAGUGGAUGAUUAUCUCCAUUGCCUAGAAAGAGGGCGUGCUGCCAGUGCGAAGAUGUCUGAAUUCUUGAGGAAGAGCUUACAGCCACAAUUAUCUGGAGAUUCAUCUAAAGCCGGUUGAUACCAAACAGGUUGUGCUUUGAUAUGUUUGACCCAUGCUUGUUUUUGCUAACUGGGAGUUACUGAGCUUCAUACUUGUGAGCCAUGUACGUUAGGCUUUGCAGUAGCAGACAAAACAUCUUCCUUGAAAGUGUUAGUGUAAUGAUAUAGUCCUCAUUGGUUAGGUAUUUAAUGGAAUCUGAUUUUUUUUUUUUGGAGGUUCUAACAUGUGUAACUGUGACCAAAUA